GUUUUAUGAAAACCAACCCCAUUCUUCUGCGAAUCCCAUCACCUGCGAUUUUUCUGGGAUCCACGUAAAAAGUUAGCACACUUAUUUUUACGCAUGUGAUAGAAUUUAAUUUCUUUGGGGUUUGCCACUAUCCAUAUCUCUAUUGCUUUAUACCUUCUUGAAGCCCUCAGAAAGGCCAUUUUUAUGGCUCUCACCCUUACUUCCCCUUCACACUAUCAUUUCAUGACUCCUCUUUCUCGUGUCGGCAACAUUUUUGUUGGACGAAAAGGAGGGUCGUCUUUGAUCUUUGAGAGUUUGAAUCCUGAGAUUUCAAAAAACUCAACCCUAACACGCGAAGAAAGCCCUCGAGGAGAUCAGAAACUUCCUCGUGUUACAUGCCAACAAGAGAAUCCCCUGCAAGAAUAUAUAGGUGGCCUUGGUGAUCAAGUAGACGCAACACGUUUUUACGGAGAAAGGGCUCAAGACAAAUCUGGUAUUUUGAUGAUUGAUAUACCAUUCCACGAAGAGAAAAUCAUGCAAGAAAAUAAACAUCAUAUAAUAUUUCAAAAGGGUAUAAUGCAUGAUAUGGACACGAAAGAUCAGAACUCCAGCGCUUUGGUGAAUGAUCAAGGAUCGGAUUCUUUUGAAACGACGAAAUUUGGGGGGGUUAAGGCCGGGGCUCUCAAGUCGCGGAAGAGGCCUGCCAGGCUGGUUGUGCCGGCUGCAUAUUGUCCUGAGAUCGAAUCUGGUGAAAUGGGUAGGAAGUUGGAGAACAAGGAAUUUGAGGUCGAAGGGAGAAAUUUCGUAUUGGCAAGCAGGAAAGGAAGAAGAAUGGUCAUGGAAGAUGGGUAUGGGGCUAUGCUUGAUAUUCUGGGAGAUCCUAAGCAGGCACUUUUUGCCGUGAUUGAUGGGCAUGGAGGUCAUGCUGCCGCCGAUUAUGUUGCCAAAAACUUAGGAAGGAACAUUGUAGAAGCCCUUGAUAAUGUCGGCGAAGAAGAUGAUCAGUUGGAAAAAGCUAUUCGCAAAGGCUACUCGGUCACCGACGAGGAAUUUCUCAGUCAGGAGAUAAGUAGUGGAGCAUGUGUAGCUAGCGUGCUAUUAAAGGACGGAGAGUUGCAUGUAGCAAGUGCGGGUGACUGCAGAGUAGUUUUGAGUCGAGAAGGAUUAGCUACUGUUUUGACAAAUGACCACCGUCCAAGUAGGGAAGAUGAGCGUCUUCGAAUCCAAAACUCCGGUGGUUUUGUGCAUUGCCGGAAUGGAGUGUGGAGAGUUCAAGGAUCACUUGCAGUAUCUAGAGCCAUCGGGGACCUACAUUUGAAAGACUGGGUCAUAUCCGAACCCGAUAUUAAAAGCCUUCGUAUAACUUCGGACUACGACUUCUUGAUAAUGGCUUCUGAUGGAUUGUGGGAUAAGGUAAAUGAUCAGGAGGCAGUUGAUGUGGUUUCGAGAGAGAAGAAUCUGCUAAAGUCUUGCAAACAACUUGUAGAUAUUUCUUGUAGCCGAGGCAACAUAGAUGACAUAACUGUUAUGGUGAUCAAUCUUCAAUAUUUUGCUGUAUCCGGUUCAUGUUGAUCACGCAUCUCAGCUUGCAUGCACCUACGGGAUCGCGAAGGAUAUUGAUGGAACAAUGCUGUAUGUAGAUGGUUUUGCACCUACGGGCAAAUGCUAAUUCAACAGAGUAAAGGCAAUAUUAAGGGUAAAAGUGUGACUAAGGAACAAUCAAGGAAGAAAAGAAUUGCCAGCUUGCAGACAUUGCAAGAAAACUGUUUGGCUGUGGAAGAGUCUGAUAAGGGAGAAAAUGAAGUACCCUUGGGUCAAUGAUGGGAGGAGGUUUAAAACUUGGUUUGCCCUCUUGCUUGUUCCUUUUUUUAGUCAAAAAAGUAUCAGAAUUUUGAUGGAUUUGUUUAAUUCGUCGUUGCAGUCCAUUUAUUCAAGUUUGUAAUAAUAUUGAUGACUCAACCCAUUGUUUUGUUGAUGGUGUGGGUUAUGAAAGUGAUCUAAGUUGCUUAUACUACUACCUAUCACAAUAUUUUUUAAGGGGGAAAAAAAAAAAAAAAAAAAAA